GGGGAGCUCAGCCCAGGGCGUUGCCACCGCCUUAUAUAAACUCGGAAACUUUCAACGUCUUCGCUCGCAUCACACUGCACAGUCGUAUACGCUGCUCGUCUCACAAUGUCCAAACAGUGCGGAGGUCCAGGUGCGGGUGCAGGUGCAGGUGCAGGUGCCAGAGAACCCACUGCACUGGAAAAAUGCAUGCAGGGUAUAAUUGAGGUCUUUCACAAGUAUGCAGAUUCGGAUAAAGACUGUCAAUACCUGAGCAACAAGGAGUUUAAAGAAAUGCUGAAAAACGAGCUGCCAUCUUUCAUUGCGGCCCAGAAGGACCCAAAUGUUGUGGACAAUUUGAUAAGAAGUCUGGAUGAUAACAAUGACAACAAAGUGGACUUCAAGGAGUUUUUGAAUCUGAUUGCAGGGCUCUCCUUCUCGUGUGAGAGGAUGUAUGCACAGAAGAAGAUGAAAAAGUGAAUCUGCCUCUGGCAAUGUGUACAAAAUGGGCAGACUUUGUCUUUUAUACCAAUAAACAGAUUGUCUGGCUUUGUCA